AUGGCCGAAUCCGACGGGCCAAACCAGGCCACCACCCCAGGAGCCGAUUCCCCUUCUCCGACGGACCCUCAACGCUCCCGACGUCCCUCCGUCACCUCGAGGAUAUCAUACAAGGUCCGCAGCCUAUCCAAAGACUUUGAGGAGUCCAACCCACCUGGCGGAUUCAUGGCAGCCACCAGCGAGUUUGCCUCCUCAGCCGUCGCCGGUGCAGAGACUCCCAGGAGAAACAGUGCCACCAACAGCGCCCAGUCCCUCCCCCGGCGGCGCACCACCAUGUCCGACCAGUCGGUCGACCCAGUGCCCCGCGAAAGUGCAGAGUUCAAUACCGCGACGGGACUUCGAGAUGGCAAGACGACAUCAAAACCCGACAUGCUAGAGGCAUCGGCCACAGCAGCAGCCACCUCAGGCUCGAUUGAGAAGGACCACUCAAGAGCCACGUCUGACGAGGCGACGAUCGCCGCGAAGAGCGAGCAGGAGGCACACGAGGCCGAGGACAAAGCGGGCGCCACGGAGCCCUUCGACAACGGCUACCACUUCCCACCGUCGUACCCCAAGCGCGAGGCGUUCAAACACGGCACGAUGGCCUUCCUGCGCUACUCGGUGACGCCCGUGGGGUUCUGCGUCGUGCUGUACGGGCUCAACGUCGUCGCGUGGGGCGGCAUGCUGUUCCUCCUGCUCUGCAACGCCUCGCCUGCCAUGUGCUACCCAGACUGCAACGACAUCAACUCGCCGCGCCGCAAGUGGGUCGAGUACGACUCGCAGGUCCUUACCGCGCUCUUCAGCCUGACGGGCUUCGGCCUCGCCCCCUGGCGCUUCCGCGACCUCUACUACCUCAUGAAGUUCCGCCUGCGGGGCCAAAGGGACGGCCUGCGCCGCCUGGCCGGCAUCCACCGCGACUGGUUCCGCAUGCCCGAGUCGCAGAACCUGCCCCUCGACGUCGGCCCUGCGAACGUGGAGGAGCAGAUCCGGGCGGGCGCCGUGUCGGAGGCCGUCGUCCCUGUCCCCGUGAACAAGAUCUCGGAGGCGCCCCUGACCGGCGUGCGCGCGCCGGCGACAAAGGUCUGGAAGAUGGACUUCAUGAUCUGGAUGAUGGUGUGGAACACGCUGUUCCAGUGCGUCCUGUCCGGCGUCAUGUGGGGCAUGAACCGCUUCGACCGGCCCAGCUGGUCCACGGGGCUGUUCGUGGCGCUGGGGUGCAUCGUCGCCGCCGUGGGCGGCAUCGUGAUGUUUAUCGAGGGCAAGAAAGUGAAGUCCAUCGAGGGCGUCCCCCUGACCGACCGCGACAGGGCGAGGCUGGAGAGGGACCAGGAGCUGGGCAUCAAGCACUACAACAACAUCAAGGACAAGCCGCUUAAAAAGGAGAAGAGCAAGGGCGAAGAUACCAAGGAGAAGGCGAGCUCCUGA